AUUAACAAAAGUCUCGUCCAAAACAAACACAUUUCCUUUGAAAAACCGCGCAUUGACCAUACACAAAAAAGCUCGGAAAAAAUAGUGAAACUCCAACAAAAAAUAAACAAACAAAACCACAGAAAUUACACUAAGAAUAAAGACACAAACGUCAAACAUUAUUUAUUCAUCAGGAAAACUUUUAAUGUAGUCACAAUAGGUACUGAUGAUCAGUUAAUACACUGACAUUUUUUUGCUUAUACAGGAAAAACCUUAUGGCAAUAAUUUUUUCGGCUUUGAUUGCUCAAUGAUACGAGACCGCGCAGAUCGCACCGUUUAUUAUUCCGUUUCGAAUCAUGGCGAAAUCGUGCUGUUCUCGGUAGUCGGUAUUAUUAACCUUGAUUACAAACAUAGUAAUUAUAUUAAUAUUUAUUACUCUUAAGUGGCAGGUGAAUUAUUUUUGUUGUCAAGGAAAAAUACACGCAUUUUUGUGUAAUAAAAUGGCUCUCAAAUGGGGUAUAGCAUCUACAGGAAAGAUCGCAAACGAUUUUGUUACAGCCUUAAAAAGCUUGUCUCAAAAGGAACAUCAAGUGGUAGCAGUAGCUGCUAGAUCUUUGGAUAGUUCUGAAGAGUUUGCUAAAAACCACAAAAUCCCUAAUGCUUAUGAGGGCUACGUGAAUUUAGCUACAGACCCCAAAGUCCAAGUUGUUUACAUUGGGGUCCUCAAUCCACAACAUUACGAUGUGGCAAAGUUAAUGUUGCAACACAAUAAACAUGUUUUAGUUGAAAAACCUUUAACCUUAAAUGAGAAACAAACUAGAAGUCUCAUCGAGCUGGCUCGAAACAAAAAGCUGUUUCUCAUGGAAGCAGUUUGGUCCAGAUUCUUUCCUGUUUACAAAGAAGUAGCAAAACUAAUUAAAAACGGCAUUAUUGGUGACGUAAGGUUCGUCUCUGUAACCUUUGGUUUCCCAAUUAGUGACGUACCUAGAGUCACUCAAAAGAAUCUUGGGGGCAGUGCCACCUUAGACAUUGGAGUCUACAUCUUACAAUUCCAACAGUUGAUUUUUAGAGGCCUCAAACCUGAAAGCAUAGUUGCCGCUGGUCAUUUGAACAACGAGAAAGUAGAUGUUACUGCUUCAGCUAUUUUUAAGUAUCCCGACAACAAAACAGCAGUAGUCACUUGUGAUGCUACAGCCGAAAUGCCUAAUGAGGGUUUGAUAGUUGGAACUAAAGGCGUUAUUAAAAUUCCCAAGUUUUGGGCACCUACGUCAUAUAAACUGAAUGAAGAAAUAAAAGAGUUUCCUUUGAUUGAAAACGAGGGGAAGUUUAAUUAUUUCAAUUCUGCUGGUUUGGCUUAUCAAGCGAUGGAAGUCAGACAGAAGAUUUUGGAAGGUAAAAUCGAGAGUGACAUUAUGCCCCAUGAAGAAUCGAUACAAUUGGCCAAUUGGAUGGAUUUUGUGAGGAGUGAAAUUGGUGCGGAUGUUUGAUUAUGUAUUUAUAUUUCCAUUUGUCAAUAAGUCUUCUGAAAACAGCAUCAAUAAAUGGAUAGCUUAUUGUAAUAAUUAUUCACAAUAAAUUGGCAUUAAUAAUAAGUA